AAUGAACAUGGAAUUAUCCUAUCACUAGUGUAAUAUUGAUCGUUUGCUCAACUGGUCAGUGCCCAGGCUACAUCUGAAUACGUCGACGAGAGAAGUGGAUGAUGCCUAAUGGUUCCCAGUCAUUGGCCCCCUGCAGAAAUGCCCUGAGACUGUAUUUGGAUUGAAGCCAAGUUGCUGAUAUGCAUUGAAGAUGAGCGGUGUAGGUGAAAAUUCCUCAGACCCUGCUAGGGCAGAGUCUCAGAAACGCAAAGAAUGUUCCUCUGAUCUCCUGGGCCCCAGCCCCAAACGAAGCACUGAGAAGCGAAACCGGGAGCAUGAGAAUAAGUACAUUGAAGAACUCGCCGAGCUGAUCUUUGCAAACUUCAAUGACAUUGACAAUUUCAAUGUUAAGCCUGACAAAUGUGCAAUCUUAAAAGAAACUGUGAAACAGAUUCGUCAAAUAAAAGAGCAAGAAAAAGCGGCCACGGCCAAUGAGGAGGAGGUGCAGAAGGCGGACGUCUCCUCGACAGGCCAGAGCGUGAUUGACAAAGAUGCCCUCGGACCAAUGAUGCUUGAGGCCUUGGACGGGUUCUUCUUUGUGGUGAACAUGGAGGGGAACAUCGUGUUUGUGUCAGAGAACGUGACACAAUACCUUCGCUAUAACCAGGAAGAGCUUAUGAACACCAGUGUGUACAGCAUUCUGCACGUGGGUGACCAUGCAGAGUUCAUCAAGAACCUGCUGCCCAAAUCCCUGGUGAACGGCGUGCCCUGGUCCAGCGAGAACCCGAGACGGAACAGCCACACCUUCAACUGCCGCAUGCUGGUCAACCCGCACAACGAGGCCGAAGAGGAGACGCAAGAUCACGAGACCCAGCAGAAGUACGAGACCAUGCAGUGUUUCGCCGUCUCCGAGCCAAAGUCCAUUAAAGAGGAGGGCGAGGAUUUUCAGUCCUGUCUGAUCUGCGUGGCACGCCGAGUCCCCAUGAAAGAGCGUCCCAUGCUGCCAACACACGAGAGCUUCACUACCAGGCAGGAUCUCCAAGGCAAAAUCACCUCACUGGACACUAGUCUGCUGCGUGCAUCAAUGAAGCCAGGUUGGGAGGAUCUGGUGAGAAGAUGCAUUCAGCGCUUUCACCUCCAGAAUGAAGGAGACAUCUCCUUUGCCAAACGCCAUCAGCAAGAAGUGCUGCGACACGGACAGGCGUUCAGUCCCGUCUACCGCUUCUCUCUGUCUGACGGCACCAUCGUCUCUGCACACACCAAGAGCAAACUGGUGCGUUCACCAGCCACCAAUGAGCCGCAGCUCUACAUGUCUCUGCACGUCCUCCAGAGAGAGCAAACAGUAUGUGGUGUGAAUCAGGACAUGGGCUCAGGGCAAACCAUGGCUAAACCCAUGAACCCAGUCUCCUCCAUGACCUCUCCCAACCCUGCCGGUGCAAGCGGGCCCCAGGGCCAGGACACCACUGUCAGUAGCAACACCUCCACCUUCUCCUCCCCAGGAGGCCCCAAAGAGCCUGGGGCAGUGGGUCCGGUGCAGGGCUACCGCUUCGGAUGCCCAGGGGCGCUGAGCCACACCGCUGCCAUGCAGGCAGCCACUCCUCAGGGCGGCAGCUAUGCACUGAAAAUGAACAGUCCUUCUCAAGGCAGCCCGGGCAUGUUGUCCCCGCGCCACCGCGCCAGCCCUGGGGUGGCCAGUUCCCCCCGCCUGGCCCCGCCACAGUUCUCUCCUGCGGGUAGCCUCCACUCGCCGGCAGGCUUGUGCAGCAGCAGUAGCGGAGGGGGAGGUGGCGGCGGCGGCGCGGGCUCUGGUCACGGCUACACCAGCAACUCCCUCAACGCUCUGCAGGCCCUCAGCGAAUGCCACGGAGUCAGUCUCAGCUCGCCAGACAGAAAACUGGGCUCUCCAGCUGGCGUGGGCGUCAGCCCUCACCUGCUGAGCAAGAUGGGCGGAGGAGACUCGUUUGGGGAGCAGUCACAGUCGGAGCAGGGCCAGCAAGAGGAGGGUUCCGAGCAGAAAGAGGAGAAAGAGAGCCUGGGAGCGUUUGCCAGCGCGGACACCAGCGACCCACAGAACCGGCUGCACGACAGCAAGGCCCAGACCAAGCUCCUCCAGCUGCUCACCACUAAAACUGAGCCGAUAGACCCUCCUUCGCCUCCCUCUGCACCCGGAGGAGAGUCCGUCUGUAAGGAUCAGUCAGGAGCACAGGGGACGGGAGGCAUGGGCGGUCAGGGCGGGUCGACCCCGGGGACCCACGCCACCUCCCUGAAGGAGAAGCAUAAGAUCCUCCACAGACUCUUGCAAAACAGCACCUCCCCGGUGGACCUGGCCAAGCUGACGGCCGAGGCCACGGGGAAGGAGUUGUGCCAGGACGCGGUGGGCGGCGGCGCCAGCGUGGCGGAUCUGGCCGCCAAACAGGAGCCCAUCAGCCCCAAGAAGAAAGACAACGCACUGCUGCGCUACCUGCUGGACAAGGACGACAACGUACUCAAAGACAAGGGCAUCAAGGUGGAGCCCGGAGAGAUUAAAGUGGAAGGCGGCAAGAUGACCAGCAUUAAGACGGAGAAGGCGGACGGGGGCUACGAUCGAGCGGAGCAGUCAAGUGAACUGGAUGACAUUCUCGAUGACCUGCAGAAUAGCCAACCCCAGCUCUUCUCAGAGAGCCGGCCCGUGUCUCUGCCGGCCGCCGUGGACAAGCAGUCCAUCAUCAACGACAUCCUGCAGAUGACGGGGGAGGGAGGACCCGCCGCCAUGGGCACCGCACAGCAGCAGCAGCAGCAGCAGAGAAACCUACAGGGCAUGGGCCAGGCCAAUUUCACUGGCCCCAGACCAGGUCAACCCAACAGAGGGCCUUCAGUGAGGAAUGUUUCUUUAGACAUGAACAUGUCUGCUAAGGUCUCUCCAGGCCAGUAUCCUCUCAUGAGAAACAACAGUCCCUACUCCAUCAUGCAGCAGCAAGGCAUGAUGGGAAACCACAAUGUCAUGGCCAACCAGUCCAACAUGGUCAACACAGGAGUGCUUGGUCCAAAUGUUCCUCGUCCAGGCAUGCAGCAGGAGGCCUGGGGACCCCAAGGCCCAGCGGUCAGUAGCUCAGCCUCAGCCCCGGUGCCCUCCACGCAGCAGUCCCUCCAGCAGGGGGCGAUGCAUAACCGCAUGGGACCCAUGCCCAUGAGACCCAGCGGCCAGCAAGGGCCCAGACAGAUACUUCAGUCUCAGAUAAUGCCCAACGCCCAAGCUAACAUGGAUAUGGGCAUGGGCACACACCAGUUCCCCCAGCAACAGGCGCCACCCAAUCAGACAGCUCCGUGGCCUGACAGCAUGAUGCCCAUUGAGCCCUUUGGGAACCAGAACAGGACGGUAUACAGUAACCCUCAGGAGGAGGUGCUGUGCCCCCCCACGCCGGCCGACGGCCAAGCCGACGAGGGAACCCUGCUCAGCCAGCUCUACACCGUGCUCAAGGACUUUGACGGCCUGGAGGAGAUCGACAGGGCCCUGGGCAUUCCUGCGUUAGUGGGCCAGGGCCCACCUGUGGAGCAGGAGCAGUUCCCCAGUCAGGAUCCCAGCAUGCUGCUGGAUCAGAAGCCGCCCAUGUACGGGCAGCAGUACGCACCUCCCUCUCAUAUGCCGUCAGGGAACUACCCACCCAUGCAGGACCCCAAUUUCCACGGCAUGGCCAGUCAGAUGGGCCAACGGCCCGGCUACCCUAUGCUCCGUAUGCAGCCUCGCCCGAACCUCCGACCCACGGGCGUGGUGCCCAACCAGCCCAACACACUCAGACUGCAGCUCCAGCACCGCCUACAAGCUCAGCAGAAUCGCCAGCCUGUAAUGAAUCAGAUGAGUGGAGUGUCCAAUAUGAACCUACCUCUAAGACCCAACGUACCGAAUCAGGGGACCAUCAACGCUCAGAUGGUGGCUCAGCGACAGAGAGAGAUGCUGAGCAAUCACCUCCGCCAGAGGCAGCUGGACCAGCAGAGACAGCAGCAACAGCAGCAGCAGCAGCAGCAGCAACAGCAACAGCGCAGCAUGGUCAUGCGCGCCCAGGGUCUCAACCUCCCACCCAACAUAACCGCCAUGCCCGGAGCCAUGAGCAACCCGCGGAUCCCCCAGGCAAACCCCCAGCAAUUCCCCUACCCGCCCAACUACGGUACAGGACUGGCCUCUCCACCCCCCUCCACCAGCCCUUUCUCCCCCAUCUCCCCCAACCUGCCCGCCCCACAGCUCUUAUCCCACAGCUCCUUGCAUGGCUCCCAGAUGAGUCUGGCUAACCAGGGGAUGAUGGGCAACAUGGGCGGACAGUUUGGGCCUGUAAUGAGCCCUCAAAUGCAGCACAGUGCCUUUCAGUUUCCCAGCUCAGGAAUGAAUCAGCAGCCUGACGGGGGGUUUGGAGGAGCUGCCACCCCUCAGAGCCCUCUCAUGUCCCCUCGGAUGGGCCACGCCCAGAGCCCCAUGAUGCAGCAGCCACAGGGCAAUGCCACCUUCCAGUCUUCGCCUGAUAUCAACGGCUGGCCACAAGGCAACAUGACCGGCAACAGUAUGUUCACCCAGCAGUCACCCCCUCAGUUUCCACCACAGUCCAACGGCAACAUGUACAAUGGGAACAACAUGAACCUCAAUGUGUCCAUGGCAACCAACUCCAGCAGCAUGAGCAACAUGGGUCAGAUGGCCGGCCAGAUGAGCGUCACCUCCAUGGCGUCUGGGCCUACAGCAGGCCUGGCCAACAUGGGCCCUGAACAGAAAUACUGUUGACCUGAGGGCUAGCGUAAGUUCAGAGCAGCACAGGAGUGUCUGAUGAAGACGUCAAUCAUUUCCAGCAACUCUACCUACCCAUGGGGCCCUGGGCCCAGUGGGUAGCCCUGAGCGCUGGCCCACCUGAGGCCCACCUGCCCUGCCUCAUGCCCCUAUGCUGGAGCCUUCACUCUGGACAAGCCCAGGGGGGGGGGAGGACUACACCUAUACAAACACACACACGCAAACACUUUUGACCCUUUUGGACCUACAGCUCCCCCCGGAUGCGGGCCCUCUCACUCUGAUACACUGCAGACCCUUGACGUCGCUCUGUCAAAUCGCAUUCACCGUAGUGUGACUUAGGUCUCCCCUAAAAGACUCGACGACAGUCACAUCGGGAUCCUUGUCCUAUGAAUGUAUUCCUCUCUGUCUCUCUUUCUCUCUCUCUCUCUCUCUCUUUCUUUCCCGCUCUCUUUCUCUCUUGUUUUCUCCCUCUGUCUCUCUCUCUCUCUCUCUCUCUUUCUCUCUCUUCAAUUUUGAAAAGACACUUUGCUUUCUGGAAUCCCAUCCUCCUUUCUCUCUGCUUUCCUCCCUCUCUGACGUUCCAAUACGGGCAAGAAGACUGCGUGCAAAACCUGCGCAGCACUCAAGAUUUUAGCCAUUUUUGCCUUUUUCUCUUUUCUUUUCUUUUUUUUUUUCUUUCUUUUUAGCGAAAACAACGGAAUGGAAUUUGAAAUGGCUUCUAAAUUGAUCCUGAAAAUACAGAUGAAUGGUGUGAGGACAAUGUAGUGGUUUGUAAUUAGACUUAAUUUAGUCAAAAAAGGUUUAUGGUGUAUUACAUGAAGUUUUAUUCUUAUGUAUAGUUUUUUAAGCCGUGUAGAUUUCUUUAUUAAACUAGCGAUGAGAAAAGAAAAUCAUUCUGAAGUGAUGAGAGUAUAAAGCAACUCUUGGCAAUUUCAACCUGGAACUGCUUCUCUAUCUGAAAUACUUCUCUAUAAUUACUGAAAAAUUGAUUUUUUUUUUUCUUUGGUCCAGUAGUUUCAGCAAAGUGAUUGCGACCUGUUUUCUUGUAGUUAGGGAAAAAAAAUGAAAUACUGAUAGAUUGUAAAUACCAGUAACAAAAUUCUGUUUCGUAUAAUAUUUAUUUUGAUUUGUUUGGGUUUUUUUUUUUCUCUCUCUUUCUUUUCCCAGUCUGGUCUUAACUGCUCUUUUGAGUGAGAACAGUGUUUUUGUGUGUAUGCGUGUUCUGCGUGUUCGUGUUUUGUGUGUGCGUGUGCGUGUGUGCGUGUCUUUUUUUUGGAGGGGGGGAGGGUAAGAAGCAGAGGUGUGUAAUUUUGUUUCCCUAUGGUACUAAAAGGGGUGGAGAGGUGGUGUUAGACUUUAUUUCAGUGGUAGGGAGGAGGCGUGCCGUGUAUACAGUGUACAGAUAUGCGCUUGCUUCUCAGCCUUUAGCCUAGAGUCCCCUGGCAAAAAGGGGGGGGGGGGGGGGGAC